CAUACGGUGGCCAUCUUGUGUCCUGACAUGGCACAUCUCUGGUACAGAUACAUCCUCUCUGGAAGGAGGAGAAGUGAGGAUGCUGCCGAAGAAAUGGCACCUUCCAGUGCUGCUAAUUCUGGGAACUUUCCAGUCGUCAGCAUGUGGAUCAACCCCGAACUUCAUUAUCAUGCUGAUGGAUGAUAUGGGCUGGGGAGACCUGGGAGUGUUUGGUGAGCCGUCGAAAGAAACUCCAAAUUUAGACAACAUGGCUGCUGAAGGAAUGCUCCUCACCGACUUUUACUCUGCAAAUCCUUUGUGUUCACCCUCUCGAGCAGCUCUGCUGACGGGACGUCUUCCAAUCAGAAAUGGUUUCUACACAACUAACGCUCAUGCCAGGAAUGGUUACACACCCCAGGAGAUAGUAGGGGGAAUAGCAGAUGAAGAAAUCUUGUUUCCAGAGCUUCUACAAAAAGCAGGCUACAGGAAUAAAAUCAUUGGAAAAUGGCAUUUGGGUCACAGGCCUCAGUUUCACCCACUCAAACAUGGCUUUGAUGAGUGGUUUGGUGCCCCAAACUGCCACUUUGGUCCCUAUGAUAACAAACAGAGGCCCAAUAUCCCAGUCUACAAUGGCAUGGACAUGGUUGGGAGAUAUUAUGAAGAUUUUCAAAUCCACAGAGAGACUGGAGAAUCUAACCUGACACAGAUAUUUACACAGCAAGCUGUGGACUUUAUAGAAAGACAAGCUCAGAGUCAGAAGCCAUUUUUUCUUUACUGGGCCAUAGAUGCCACCCAUGGUCCAGUGUAUGCCAGUAAGCCUUUCUUGGGGACAAGUAGGAGAGGACUGUAUGGAGAUGCAGUUAAGGAAUUAGACUCGGCAGUUGGACAGAUUCUUGAUGCACUGAAGACACAUAAAGUGGAUGACAACACUCUUGUUGUUUUCUCCUCUGACAAUGGAGGUGCUAUGGUCUCUAAAGACAAAGGUGGCAGCAAUGGUCCCUUUUUGUGUGGAAAGCAGACGACAUUUGAAGGUGGAAUGAGAGAGCCAACCAUCGCAUGGUGGCCCAAACAUAUCAAACCCAGACAGGUAUCAUAUCAGCUAGGGUCACUCAUGGAUAUGUUCCCUACUCUGUUGAGCCUGGCUGACAUCACUCUCCCUAGAGACAGGGCCAUUGAUGGCAUUGACCUCUCUGACACACUGCUGAAUGGCAAGAACAUAGACAGGCCAAUAUUUUAUUACCGUGGUAAUGAGAUGAUGGCAGUCAGACUGGGCAUGUACAAAGCUCAUUACUGGACGUGGACCAAUGGACUGCAGGAACUCAGGCAGGGUAUAGAUUUUUGUAGAGGAGAAAAUGUCAUCAAUGUUACAACCCAUGAUCAGAGAAAUCACACGUCUCAGCCCCUUCUGUUCCAUGUUGGGAGAGAUCUAGGGGAGAGAUAUCCAAUAAGUCCUGAUUCCAUAGAGUAUCACAGUGCAAUGAAGAAGAUAAGCAAGGUGGUCAGGGAUCAUAAGACCAACUUGACCCCCGGGCAGCCUCAGUUGAACUGGUGUGACACGGGAGUAAUGAACUGGAAACCCAUAGGAUGUGAAAAGCUGGGGAGGUGUUUACCAGCCCCAAGUUCAAAUCCCUACAAAUGUGUGUGGAUGCAUUGAUCUGUUGAAGGAACCAAAUUAUCAUUUUGCCAAACAUUUAUUUGGCUCUGUUCCUGGGAAUAAGGAGUUUGCAUGACUACGACCCUUGAAGUUCAACUCUUAAGAAAUACAAUUAUUUUUGAAAGGAUUUUAAAUAUUUGUAAACCUCUCUUUUACUGCAUAUAUCUUUUGUGACAAAGACAAACUUAAGAUUUUAAAAGAGCAUAAAAAAUUAGUGACUAUAAAAAGGUAUUUUAUGGUCCUGCAAUGUAUCUCACCAUCAAUUUACCAAAUACUAAAUCUUUAUUAUUGUGAUAAUAUAUGUAUAUGUGUGUGCUUGAGGUUGAGGUUUUUACAUGUUUUGGUAUUUCUAUCAUCUACUUGGUGCUAUAUUUUAGCUUUUAUUUUCUACUUUUUAUUAAUUUUUUUGAUAUUAUCUGUAAUGGGCAGGGUUUCAUAGGGGCAGGAAUAAAACAUUUAAAAGAAAUGUGCAUUGACAUUACAGGUUUUACAGUUAUAUAGGUGAGGAUGGAGAAUUAUUUUAAGAGGAAAAAGAACUGCUUUUUGAAAACUAAUAAACAAAUCUUAGGAUAUUAAUAUGGGGCAAGAAGGGAACAAUUUAAUGGAGUAUCUUCUUGGGGACCAGUGUUGUUAUUGAUCUGACAAUAUCAUUUAUACAAUAAAACUUAUUUUCAAGUA